GCGAAGAACCUGGUCAAGUGGCGACGGGACGCAUCGGUCCUGGAGUGGCGUAUCUUGGCCACGCCUGCUCGCGCUCAGGUGGGCUCGAGCGGCGCCGAGGGCGGCGAGUGGAAAAUGUGCCGACGGGAAAACCGCGUCAACUCCAUCGCUGCGCUCACCCCUCCGCCGAAGCUGCUCAGAGCCGCUGGGUCGGCGGACCUCGACGGCUUCCACGCUGCUGUUCUUCGUCGCCGAGGAUGCAGCGUCGUCCUCGUGACCUUUUAUGGGUUUUCUGGAGUUGGCUGGAGUGGGGCCAAUCUGGGGAGAUUUUCCAGGCUUGGUGCCUUCUUGACAGCCCUGCACCUGCCCUGGCUGCUCCUGGGCGACUUCAACUUGGAAAGCGACGUCAUGCGCGCCAAGGGCUUCGUGGACCGCGUCCGGGGGAGGGCCCUCAAGGCUGACACCGCGUUCACGUGCGACGCGGGCAAGGUUGGCUCCCACAUCGACUUCGGUCUGUGCUCCGAGAGCCGCCUGCCCUUCAUCAUCGGCGUUCGUGCCGUCCAUGCUGUUCCCUGGAAGACGCAUUGUGGCCUGGUGGCCCUUCGCGGGCGGUCCGAGCAGCUCAUCUCGCGCGAGCUCUGCCUGGCGGAGCUGCUUCCCCAGGCUGAACGGCCUCAGCAAGCCAAGGUGCGCACCAGCUGUGCGACGAAGCGUGCGAAGCGACCCGGGCCGUCCAAGGUGCAGGAGAAGCUCGGUUCCAUGUUUCCCCCGAGGUCGGGCGUCGAGGCGACGCAAUCUACCGACGAGGGCUCGGUUGGCAGUGGCGGCAGCUGCUCGGAGGCGUCGGACUUCGGCUCGGACAGCGAGUGGGGCGACUGCGACUUCUCCACCGACGUCGAGGGCCAGCGCUCAGACAGGGGGGCCAGCGGGAGCACGCCCCACGUGCGCAGCCUCAGCACCUUUACCGAGAGUCCGUUGCUGGCGCGGCGGUCCACAGCUCUAGUCGACACAGUGCAGGCCUCGGGCCUCCAUGUCGGCACGCCUCGCGACGAGGCCGACGACGCGGCCCUUCGCGGUCACCUUGGCGACGACCAGGACUUGUUUGAGAGUGGCCCGUCCUUCGCGGUGAGUGGCGAGACCUGGCGGGCAGCCCGGCCCGACUUCAUCCAGAGUGCGAUGCCGCGGGCGGUCGUCGAGCAGUCCAUCGCCUUCCGCGUGGGCCAGCAUUGCUCGCAGGAUCUGGGCGGCGCCUACGGCAGGUGGGUUCAGCAGGUCGAGAAGGCCAUUCGGAGUCACCACGACCUCGACACCCUCCCGGUACUCUCUCGCCGCAGCGCGGGGGCUUGGCUCCGGGAAGUGCCGUUCCAGCCGCGCAUGAGGGAAGCCGCCGUCGCCCCGGGCCGCAUCGCCUCCUGGUGGCUUCAGGUGGAGACCGUCUCGGCCAAGAUUGUCAAGAUCCUGCAGAG